UAGAUGUUUACCCGUCUGUCAAUACACAAUGUGCCUGCUUUUACUUGUUUUGGCUUAGUUGGCUGUCAAAAAUCAAGAACGUUUGGAUUUUCCAUUUAAGUUGUAGUAGUACUACUAGCACUAGGGAGCUUCGGAGUGUGAUACUGAGUUAUAGAUGCUGGGAGCCACCAUGGAGCAGGAACUGUUGACUUCAACGAUGCCAAACCCAAACACCAACUCCAGCUUGCCCACAGAACCACCUCAUCAAAUCAUGACAUCGCCGCUGCUUGGUAGUCUGCCCACCAACCAAGGAAUGCUGCUCCCCUCACCCCAGGGCUCCCCUAGCCACCUGGGUGGUACAGGCCCCCCGAUGGUUUCCCAGCAGUACAUGGUCAUGAUCCAGAACAACGCAGCCAACCUUGUGCCAGAUUUUAAUGUGCGUGGGGCCCGCAUUACGGCACAUCUACAAAUCUUGUGUGGUACCCUGUCUGUUAUCUUGGGAAUCAUUGCUAUUGAGAUACAGUCGGAAGAUGCUUACAUCGGGGCGCCAAUCUGGACAGGAAUAUUUUUUUUUAUAUGCACAGGUUUGUCUGGGGAGCUGGCAGCGUCUAGAAAACAAAGCUGCAUGAUUACUGGCUAUCUAGUGUUGUCCAUCCUGUCUGCGGUGGCUGCAUUCCAGCUUCUGUCUCUCAUGGCUUCCUUCACUGCCUGGGAGUUCGGAACCAUCUACUCCUCUUCCCUAUUUAGAGGUCGUGUAGCGGUGGAUGCCUUGACUGCCCUAGUUGCUCUCCUGGAGCUAGGGAUUGCUAUAGUAGCAUCUGUUAUCGCAUGCCGUGGUACAUGUUGCCAGACAUCGGCAGGAUCCUCAAUGACGGUUCAGUACAUGCCUGCUGUACCAAAUGGUGGACCGACAACCAUACAGAAUGAACAUGGUACUUUCAUCCAGGGCCAGCCUAUCCAACUGACAACCUGUACCCCUGGUCAACUAGCCUACCUGGUACCCAUGACUCAGACCCUGACUCAAACAUCGCCAUCACACCAACCUCAUCCCCAGGGUGAUCAUCCCCCGAUGUACCUACCCAUAGAGGAUGCAGCGGCCAGGGUCGAUGAGAACGAUCAGCUGAUGGGUAUGGAGAAGGUUCCACUGGUGUGAGAAAACUCACUCCCUUGUCCUCUUCCACCACCCCCCCCCCCCCACCGCCUUGCCUGCCCCAUCGCUGAUCUCAUAUCCGCUCUCAAUGUUCCCUGCUGGCAGUGGUAUUCUGGAUAAGUGAGAUCACUAACAAGUCUGGAGAAAAUGACAACGGUAAGCUAACCCAACCCCACAUCACAACCGCCCCUCUUGAAUGAUCAAAUUGCCCCCAUCCCCAUCAAAGCAACUGCCUUGCAAUGGCUUCUGUGUGCAAGAAGUGGUCGUGCCUUUUCUAUCGCUAACCUAGGAUCUGAAAUAAUCUUCCAUCAAGCAAUCUCCCUUAGUAGCAAUCUCCCUAGUAGCCAUCUAAGACAUCUUAUUGUACGGUGCUAUGAGCAAUAACCUUUGGAUUGGCGCAUUGUAAUUGAUUGAUUGAUCGAUUAAGGGGGGGGGUAGGGGUUGUGGUGCAUGUUGGAGGGAGUGGUUUUUAUCAUCAUAUACUUCGAGACAAAAACGUUUACUAACAAACAAGCCCAUGUUGUGAUACAUUUGAGACUUGUGGACCAUGUCAAGUUACACAUCAUGACAGGCCUAUUAUUGCACAGAAACAGAACGAAAGUCAGCUCAUUUAUAGAAAAGUAUUUUGAGUAAAUUUUCAUGGAAACGCCUUAACCAAAACAGUAAAUAAGUGAAUGACUCAUUUAGUUAACAGUUGAGUGUUGAAGGGAGCAAAAGUGUGAGAUUUGCAGUAGUAUUUGGUCUGUGUUUCUUUCUUGAUUUCAAAUCUUCCGUCUGCUUGCAACACAUUUUGACUUUUCACCCCACCCCUGUGCACCCUACCCCCACCCCCUUAGCCCCCACCAACCCACCCCCUUAGCCCCCACCAACCCACCUGCAUGCAUUUUGAUGUAUCGCUACCAGCCCUUGUCUGCCUGUGGUUUGUUGUGUAAUUUCUAGUAAGGACAUGUAGGGUGGGUAAUGUGUAAA